CCGACCGGCCUACACGCUUCAGCCGAUGGCGUCGAGGCUGCUGAAUGCACUGGUCUUGCUGCUGCCUCCUCUCGUCUGCCGCGCCUUCACUUUCAGCCCCCGUCAUCACUCAUGGACGCUCCUCGCCAGGCAGCAGGAGAGGAAGCGACCUGUGCCUGCGUGGAGGAGAUCGGGCGGCCAUGGUGGUGGUGGUGUGCGUAUGUCGACAGCUGUAGCCACGCCUUCAGUCUUGGAGGACAAGACUUUGAGGGAACUCGAUGACAGGGUCAGUCACUCACCGACAGACAGAGAGGAAGAGAUCUGGCUGAGGGAUGGACAGCAGUACAGUACCAAGCUUGGUAUUCUUCUUCUGUUGCCGUGUGCGUGCAGCUUGCGUCCUCCAGUGGAGGGCAGGGCAUGUCCACUUCGGAGCUCGCCGUCAUGAACCAGGUGACACCUGGUUCACACACACAAACCACAGGCACACACAUACAAGCGCUUUAAUUGAUGUGUCUAUCUGUCUGUCUGUGUUGUUAUCUCCAUGUGUGCAGGUGAGGCGGUCGCUGCUGGACGUGCUGUUGUCCAAGGACGACCCCGCCCUCAGGGGGAUCGAAGAGGCCUCGUCAGAGGAGGGCCUCCCCCUCACCUACGACGUGGACAUUAUCAAUAGCUACUGGGACAGGCGGCCCUCAAAGGUCAGGACGAGGCUGCUGGAGGUCCUCAACGAGAGCCUCCCCUUCCUCACUGCACUCUUCCUCGACUGGUGAGUGAGUGGCUCAACAGAACAGAACAAACGUCACACACGUACACGAUGGGCGAGAAUGAGUGUGCUGGUGCCUGCAGGAGGACAGGCAAGAUCUUCCUGCCUGAGGUGCAGGCAGCGAGGGCGAAGGAGUUCAGGGAGCUGCUGGUAAGGAUGGAGGGCGGAACCUGGCUCUCAUGAAUCAUUUGAUCGACAUUUACCGCGUGUGUCUUGUGCCUUGGCUUAACGCUGCAGACCCGGCUUGGCCCGACCUUCGUCAAGUUCGGCCAGGCACUUUCGAUCCGCCCCGAUGUCGUUAACCAGGUCAUCAUGGACCAGCUCCAGCUGCUGUGCGACGCCGUCCCCCCAUUCCCAACCGCUGUGGCGCUAGAUACCAUCCAAGAAGAGCUGGGGCAGCCCGCCAGCAGGAUCUUCGAGGGCCUGACGCUGCAGAGCGAGACGGUGGCUGCGGCAUCUCUCGGGCAGGUGUACAAGUGCCGGCUGAGGUCGAGCAAGCAGGAUGUGGCUGUCAAGGUGCAGCGUCCAGACAUGCUGCGGACCAUCUCUCUGGACCUCUACGUGCUGCGCAAAUUCGCGUACAUUGCGCAGGACUUCCAGGAGAAGUUCACGGCCCAGCGGACCGACUACGCGGCGCUAUUGAAUGCCUGGGCGGGUGGCACCUACAAAGAGCUGGACUACAACAACGAGGCCAUGAACCAGAGGACCAUCCGUGGGCUGCUGGCCAACGUGACCGAUGUGGUGGUGCCAGAGGUGUAUGACAAGUACACGAGCCGGAAGGUGCUGACCACCGAAUGGAUCGUUGGCGAGAAGCUGGAGACGUCUGACGCUGAGACGGUGAAGAGCUUGACCAAGAUGGGGCUGGAGGCCUACUUGGUGAUGCUUCUCGAGCACGGCAAGAUGCACGCUGACCCACACCCAGGUUGGGGAAUGCACUCAUUGACAGACACGCACACUGUGUAUCCAAUGGAUGAAUGAAUGAGUGCCGUCUGUCGGUCUCUCUGCCGCUCUCGUGUCACACAGGCAACCUGAUGAAGACGCCUGACGGGAGGCUGGCGAUUUUGGAUUUUGGGCUGGUCGCGGAGAUUGACCGCCGGGAGCGAGACCUGCUAGUGGCGACACUCAUCCACCUUGCUAACAAGUAGUUGAGGCAGCACAGCACAUCCGUAGGUGUCGAUCGGCUGUGUAGUGGUGGAUGUUUUCGUGCGUUCGCUUAGGAAUUACCCUGCUGUAGUGGAGGACAGCGUGCAGCUGGAUUUCCUGCCGCAGGACGUCGACCGGUCAUUCAUCGUCCCAAUCACAGCCAGGAUACUCAACGAGGCACUGCAGGUGGGCGGGGAGAUGCGCAUGAUCACUGACUGACAGAGAGACACCACCACACGCAUUAUAGCCAAUGCACGUGUGUGCACAUGUGGCAGGGUGGCGGCGCCAAGAAGGUGAAUUUCCAAUCUUUGGCGCGCGACUUGGCUGGCGUCAGCUUCCAAAUCCCUGUGAGGAUACCACCCUACUUCGCGUGAGUGACACCAAAAAACAGACACACCCCUCACCCCUCUGAGACCCCCAGGCACCUCAUCCCUUUCUUGCCUGUCUGUAUGUCAGUCUGAUCAUCCGAGCACUGGGCGUGUUGGAGGGUCUGGCACUGGCUGGCGACCCCGACUUCCAGCUUGUUGCCGAGAGCUAUCCCUGGGUGUCCCGCCGGGUCCUGACGGCUGGUGACGACUCGCCCAUCCUCAAAGACGCCCUAUCAGAGAUCCUCUACAAGGAUGGCGAGUUCUCUGCACGACGGUUCAACAGCCUCAUGAACAGUGCGCAGGGCUACGUGGCGCACCACACGGACGCCUUCGUGGACUUCGACGCCAUUCCCGAAGAGCAGGCCCCGGUGGAUGGCGCACUGACGUUCUUUUUCGGCCCUCAGGGGGAGGGGCUGAGGCGGCUGAUGAAGGAUGAGAUUGCCAAGAUCGCUGACCUCUCCGGAAACCUGGUCAGCCCGCCCACACGCCCACAUAGUGAUUCCAUCCAUCCAUUCUCUCUCUCUGAGUGCGUGUGCAGGUAGCCGGGCGUGCAGCCCAGGCGGUUUUGUCGCAGGUGGACCUGCUCCCGCCAUUCCUGCGGCCCCCCCGGCUAUUCCGCGCCCCCCUCGAGAGCUUGGCAUACGUGUCGCAGCUGGAUGAAGGCGAGCAGGACUACAUCAACAGCAUACUCGCCGUCGCAUCGCUCGCCGCCAACCCUGGUGCAGCUGCUGGAGCGGCGUCAGCAGACACCAGUGGCAUCGCAGAGGGAUCGUUGUCUCCUUCUCUACUCGGGCUGGGUGGUGGUGUGAGCCCUGACGAGUUGAGGCGGCUGGGCCCCUCGGCGCUGCCCCUGCUGGCCAAGCCGGAAGUGCGGGAUUUUGCUGUGAGUGUGGCUGAUGCGGUCGCGCGGCGGAUGGCGUCGAGAGUGCUGAGGAGAGUGGCACAGGCCAUAUGAGAGAGAGAUGGGCGAUCGACAAUGCCGAGAGUGUAUGUCUGUGUGUCUGUCUGUGUGUACACAGAGACAGACAGGAAGAGGUUUUGUCGGUCACAUGUUGUCAGUCAGUCAGUCACAUGAGCACGCGACAUACACACAUAGGCAGAUGGGUGUGUGGGACAUAUCGUUUUCUACGUAUGGAGUCUCUGUGUCCGUCGGCCUGUCUGUCUGUCGGGCGAUGUGAUUGCCUUUGGGAGUGUGACGUGACGGACGUACGUCUUAUCUUAUGCGGGUGCACAUAGACUAGACAGACAGACAUGGGGGGCUCAAGGGGUCUGGCCUCUUUCGCGCAGCGAGUGAGUGGACAGACGGACGGAAGGACGAAGGGAGGGAUCGCACAUCGACUGACUGAUAUGCGACAGCGACAGUGAUACUGUGAGUGACACUAAUAUGCGUGCGAUGUGACAAUGACUGCGAGAACAGACUUAAUUGUGUGUAUAGAUCGACACACGUACACAUCUG